AUGGUUAAAAUACAUAAUUUUGGCGCAGGACCUGCAAAGUUACCUGAAGAAGUGUACGAUGUACUUCAGAAAGAGUUUACCGACUUCGACGGGACGGGAAUUAGCUUAUUGGAAACAAGUCACCGAACUGCACCUUAUCUAAAAUUGAAUAAAGAUGUUCAAGAUGUAGUGAGAAAAUUAUUAGACGUUCCAAGUAACUAUAAAAUUCUCUUCUUAUCGGGAGGAGGCCAGGGCCAGUUCUCAGCAGUACCACUUAACUUGAUCUCCAGGACUGGAACAGCUGAUUACGUAGUUACGGGUGCCUGGUCAGCAAAAGCAGCAAAGGAAGCGAAAAAAUAUGGCAAAGUAAAUUUAGUAUUACCCCCUACAGACCGUUAUGUUGACAUCCCAGAUCAAUCAACCUGGAACCUUGAUCCUAACGCUUCAUAUGUACACAUUUGUACCAAUGAAACUAUUCAUGGAAUCGAGUUUGAUUUUAUACCCGAUACAAAAGGAGUUCCUCUGGUCGCAGAUAUGUCAUCCAAUUUUAUGUCCAAAAAAGUCGAUGUUUCUAAGUUUGGCGUUAUAUAUGGUGGAGCACAAAAGAAUAUUGGUACAGCAGGAGUUGCACUUGUUAUUGUAAGAGAAGAUCUUCUAAAUCAGGCAUUACCUGUGUGUCCCUCAAUAUUGGACUGGACUGUAAAUGCUAAGGCUGAUUCUAUUCUCAACACUCCCCCAAUGUUCGCGAUCCAAGUUAUGGGGAGGGUUCUUCAAUGGAUCGACAGGUUGGGAGGUCUAGAUAAAAUGGCUGAGCUAGCCGAAAAGAAGUCUUCUUUAGUUUAUGAUGCCAUCGAACAAUCAAAUGGAUUUUAUUAUGCUCCAGUAGCGAAAAAUGUAAGAAGUAAAAUGAACAUUCCAUUCAGAAUCGGAUCUCAGUCUGGUGAUGACGCUUUGGAGAAAGAGUUCUUGAAGGGUGCGGAAGCUCUAAGCCUUAUUCAACUCAAAGGACACAGGGACGUUGGAGGAAUUCGAGCAUCGACUUACAAUGCAGUUACUGUUGAAGAAGUUGAAACUUUGGUCAAAUAUAUGAAAGAGUUCUAUGCUAAGCACGCUAAG